GGAAAUCAUGGCUUUUGGAUAGAAAAUUAUUACAAACAUUUGCAAUUAAACCACCAAUUGAAGCAGAUCCUAUAGAAUUCUUUAAAAGAAUUACUGACAAUAAAAGGUCGGCAGUUGAAGCAUUUGGAGAAAAAUAUUUAAUAAAAAAUCAAAUGAAAUCCGAUGAAAUGGAAAUUGAUGAUGAAAUAAAAUCUGAUGAUAAAAAUAGUCGAAUGGAAACUGAUGAUGAAAAUCAAAUAGAAUUUGAAGAUGAAAAUAAUCAAAUGGAAACUGAUGAUAAUUUUGAUGAUAAAAUAAAAUGUCAAAAUUUACUAAAAGAAAUUAAAGAUUUAGAAGAUAUAAAUUUAUUAAUAGAUAUUGAUAAAAAAAUUCAACAAUUAUGUAAAGAUAAUAUUUUAUUACAAACAUUACAACAAAAAAGUCAAAACAAAAAAUUAAAACAUUAUUGUGAAAUUCAACGUAUUCGGUUAUUAAAAUCUAUGGAAAAUGAUCCAGUAAUUAUUAAUUAUAUUGAUACUACUGGAUUACAUUUUCAUGAAAUUCAAAAUUUAAAAGGAAAAUGUGAAGAAGAAGUUUAUAAUGACUUAAAUAAUUUUAGAAUACAAAAAUAUAAAAAGUUAUAUCAAGAAUGUGAUCAACAAUAUAAUAAAAUUUUAAAUGAAUUAGAAAAUAGUGAUAUUCUUAAAGAUUUUGAAGGUGAUGGAAAACAUUUAAAAGAUAUUAAUGAAAAUUUUGGAGAAAGGGGAAAAUGUAUAGAUGAAAUUAGUUAUAAUAAUCUAAAUAAUAAACGACUCGAAAAGUUAAAUUUACUUUGGCCGAAAAAUUAUAAAGAUUUUUUAAAUUAUUUAUUGGAUAGUAGUAUUAAUAAAAAUGAAUUAUUAAAAUUAAUACAAAUAAGAGGAGAUAUGCAAAUAGCUCAUUUUAAAUCUAUAGCAGAACAAAGACAAAAACAAUUUAAUGAAUUAUUUAAAAUAAUUCAAGAUAAGAUAAAUAAUUUAGAAGAUAAUAAUGAUUGUCAUCAAAAAGUUCAAUUAUUAAAAAAUGAAAUGGAAAGUGAUUAUAAAAUUGAAAAUGUUGAAAAUUAUAAAAAAGAAAUUGGAUUUAAAUUUUUUGAUAAAAUUACACUAUUAUAUAAUGAAUAUAUGGAUUCUAAAGAAUAUACUUCAAAAGAUUUUAAAAUAGAAAAUAGGUCAAAGUUUUUCGAUGAUAUUAUAGUAUUUAAAAAGUAUUGUAAAAAUGAAAAGAUAAUUAAAGAUUUGGAAGUGAAAAUGAAUAAUAGACUUAUUAUUUUAUCUUGUGAAGAGAAAUUUAAACAAAUUAUAGAUGAAAUGAGUAGUAAUUCUAAAAGUGAAAAUUUUAUUGAUAAACAAGGUGCAAAAUUUUAUGAUAAAUUAAAUGAAUUUCGAAAAAAUGGAAGAUGUUUUGAUAAUGAUUUAUUAAACAGAUUAAAUAAUUUUAGAAAUAAUAAAUAUAAAUUUUUAAUUAAAAAAGAAAUAACUGAAUCAGAAAAUAUCGAAAAGUUAACUAAUUAUUAUAAAGAUUUAAUAAAAAAUGAAUUUAAUAGUGAUAAGGAAUUAGAAAAUAUAAGGGAAAAUAGAUUACAAAUAUUAAUUAGUAAUGCUAUGUAUAAACAAUCUAUUUAA